AUGGCAAUCGUACCUAGUCGAUCAACCUCCCCACGAAUAGAUCCAUUCAGUCGUAUAUUAAUCGUAACUGCUACUUUUUUUGCAAUGGCUGCUUUAACAUUAUUAAUUGUUGGUAUAGCAACACGUUCUUGGUACUAUUCUAAAGAUUCAAACGGUAAUAUAGAAUAUUAUAAUUUUUUUACACAAUGUGUAGGCAAUGAAAACAAUGGAACAUUAAUAUGUAUUGAUAUGCAACGACAAACUAGUCUUGGUUUAGGUACUCAACAUGCAGCAGCCUUAUUAGUUGUUGCUAUUUGUUUACUUGGUUGUGGUAUGUUAGUUACAUUGGCUAUGAAUUUUGUUCAAUUAACAGGUAUAUUGGUGUUGAUUGCACCAAUACUUCUCUUUCUUGCUACGCUUUUUAUGGUUGCUGCACUUGCAGAAGGCUCAAAAGUUACCACAUUUAAUAGUUAUAGUGCUAAUCUUGUUCAAACUGGUCAUGUACUUACUAUAUUUUCUAUGGGUAUUAUUGCUUUUACUAGUGGACGAUUAUAUAAUCGUUAUUAUGAACAAUUUUAA